UCGUCCGCUUGCUCAAUGCAGACGGGGUGACGUCAGUCGGUCAGCUGGCUCCUGCAUCUGAAGGCAGGAGAGCCUCUCCCAUUGGGAGACAUCACCAUCACCGCCCGAGCCUGGCCAUCGGCCGCCCGCAGGAAGGAAGGGGAAUAAAACAUGGAGGACACGGUGUUAUUAUAGUUGCGGAUCGGGCGUCAGUGGGGAUCGGGAGAUUAUUUAUUAAUAUAUUUAUUUAUUUAUUUCCCUUGUCAGCAAUGGCCGGGGUCCAUGGCUGCGGCUGCUGAGAGGCAGGUGCAAUAUCAUCGACAUUUCAUUUCUCGGCAUGGGCUCAACGAGGGCCGAUCCACAGGCUGCUCUACACGCCCUCUGCUCCCCGGAUACCACGCUGUCUGCGGGGGGAGAGGAAUAGCCGGGCCGCGUCUGGAGGUGUGGAUGAGGGGGGCCUCUUUACAUCAAAAUAUUAGAGCCAGUAAUUUCAAGGUUAUGCGCCGUUACACACAGCAACAGCCAGGCUUCCUUCAGUGAAUCAGUGCAUGCUGCAACAUGACAUAGGGUUGGUGGGCUUUAUUUUAAGGAAACACUGAUUGAAUCCACCUUUUUCUGCAUAAGAGGAUCCAAAACCUUUUGACAGGCCUGAAAAAACUGUUGAGCCUCCUCAUCUGGAAAACAGAAGCCGGUUCCAGCUGCCAAGAUGAUGGAGCUACAGAUAGACGAGGUGGUGUACCAGGACGACUACGGCUCCGGGUCCGUGAUGUCGGAGCGGGUGUCGGGCCUGGCCAACAGCAUCUACCGGGAGUUUGAGAGGCUGAUCCGCAGCUAUGACGAGGAGGUGGUGAAGGAGCUGAUGCCGCUGGUGGUGAACGUCCUGGAGAACCUGGACGGGGUGCUGACGGAGAACCAGGAGCAUGAGGUGGAGCUGGAGUUGCUGAAGGAGGACAACGAGCAGCUCAUUACCCAGUACGAGAGGGAGAAAGCGCUGAGGAAACAGGCGGAAGAGAAAUUCAUUGAAUUUGAAGAUGCGUUGGAAGCUGAGAAGAAGGAUCUGCAGGUGCAGGUGGAGUUUCUGGAGCUGCAGUCCAAACAGCAGGAGCUCAAAUCAAAGAACUACUCCGACCAGAUCGUGCGGUUGGAGGAGCGAGAAUCAGACAUGAAGAAAGAGUACAACGCUCUGCACCAGCGCCACACUGAGAUGAUCCAGACAUACGUCGAGCACAUAGAGCGGUCCAAAAUGCAGCAGGCGGGGAGCAACAGCCAAUCAGAAGGCACGGGCUGUGGACGAACCAAAGCGGAGCGCCCGCCUUCAUUGAGCCUGUACCCCAGCGGCGAGGGAAUGGAGGACGGAUCAGAGUCCGACUCGUUGGCACCGACACCCAGCAGCGCAGGGAGCAAGUCCAACACCCCCACCUCCACCGUCCCCUCGGCCACCGUCACCCCCGUCAACGAGGGCUUCGUCCCGCAGGCGGAGUUCGAUGCGACGCGAGCUGGGAACCGCAGGAAAGGUGCGAAGCGGCUCAGCAGGAACAUGGAGGUGCAGGUUUCUCAGGAGACCAGGAACGUCAGCAUCGGCAUGGGAAGCAGCGAUGAGUGGUCCGAGUUUCAGGAGAUCAUCGAUUCGACCCCUGAGCUGGACAUGUGUGUGGACCCCCGUGUGUACGGAGGAGGAAACAGCCCCUCCCAGGGCAUCGUGAACGAGGCCUUCGGCAUCAACACCGACUCUCUCUACCACGAGAUCAAAGACGCCAAAUCAGACAUCAUCGGAGACGUAGACGCAGGCGCCGAGCUGCUAGGCGAGUUCUCAGUCCGCGAUGAUUUCUUCGGGAUGGGUAAAGAGGUGGAAAACCUGCUGACAGAGAACAAACAGCUCCUAGAGACCAAAAAUGCUCUCAACAUUGUGAAAAAUGACCUUAUUGCCAAAGUGGACGAUCUGUCGGGGGAGCAUGAGGUGCUGAGGGAGGAGGUGGAGGCUCUGAGGCAGUCCAAGAACAAAGUGGAGGCCAGAGUCAAGGAGCUGGAGGAGGAGCUCAGGAGGUUAAGAGCAGAGGCUCUCGGUGCGUCUCGGGACUCAAAGGAUGAGGCAGGCGAUGACUUUUCAUCGCCCAUGCAGGACGGAGACAUGACGAUGACGCAGCGGCGGAGGUUCACCCGGGUGGAGAUGGCCCGAGUUCUGAUGGAGAGGAACCAGUACAAAGAGAGGCUGAUGGAGCUGCAGGAGGCCGUGCGGUGGACCGAGAUGAUCAGGGCGUCCAGAGAAAGUCCUCAAAUGUCAGAGAAAAAGAAGUCCACCAUCUGGCAGUUCUUCGCCCGUCUCUUCAGCACGUCGUCCAGCCCUCCGCCCGUCAAGAGGCCGUACUACAGCGUCAACAUCCACUACAAGUCUCCCUCGCCCGCCAGCUUCUCUCAGCGCCGCAGCCACACCAUGUGCCAGAUCUCCACCUCCAACCGCACUCUGGAGUUCUUCCCCGAAGACGACUCGGCACUGUUGGCCCGCCGAGAGCAGCGGCGUGAACAGUACCGGCAGGUCCGCGAGCACAUGAGGCGCGACGACGGCAUCAUGCAGGCGUGUGGCUGGAGCGUGCCGUCUCGCUUCAAACAGUUGUGGUGUGCAGCAGGUGUGGACCUGACGGGAUGGAGGGCCAGCUGCCAGGAGUCGGAGUUAGCCAAAGCUCCGUCGGGGGGCAGCGACCCUCUGCAUGCUGAGGAGAACGGAGGAGGCAGGAAGAGCAGCCACACCUCCCCAGAGAAGAGGAUGUCGAAGGAGCUGCAGGAGACGGACACCAUGAGCAGCAGAGUGUGGAUCCUCACCAGCACCCACUCUGCCAGCAAGGUGGUGAUCAUCGACGCCAACCAGCCCGGCUCGCUGGUCGAUCAGUUCAACGUCUGCAACGCCCACGUGCUCUGCAUCUCCAGCGUGCCAGCUGCCAGUGAGAACGACUACCCCCCCGGAGAGAUCGUGUUGGACCCCGGUGACGGGGGGGUCGGGGGAGCGGGCGAUGACUCGGGCAGCGUGGAGGGCAUGCUGGCCGGCAUCACGCUGGUCGGCUGCGCCACCAACUGCAGCGUUGCCCGUAGCAACUGCUCCUCACGCACUGACACGCCCAUCAUGGACAAAGGACAAGCCCCCACCGCCCCCCAAAUGAAUGGUAAGAUCCACCCCGCCCAGUCGGCUGAGGAGGCGACGGAGGCCACCGAGGUCCCCGAGUCCACGGCGAGCCACGGAGAGCUUAGGUCGGGACCCCCGGGACCCUUCACUGAGCACGUCUUCACCGACCCCCCGCCCCGCCUCUCAGACGCCUCGGACAGGAGCUCAGGUCAAUCCAAAGAGGAAUCUUCCCAGCCUUCAGAGUCUGAAGACGGGGUUGAGGACACCAGGAACUACACCAGCGUGGCCCCCACCAUGUGGCUCGGGGCCCAGAACGGCUGGCUCUACGUCCACUCAGCGGUCGGAAACUGGAAGAAGUGCCUCCACUCCAUCAAACUCAAAGACUCUGUGCUCAGCCUGGUACAUGUGAAAGGUCGUGUGCUGGUCGCCCUCGCUGACGGGACCCUCGCCAUAUUCCACAGAUCAGAGGAUGGCCAGUGGGAUCUGUCGAACUACCACCUGAUGGACCUGGGUCGGCCUCAUCACUCCAUCCGCUGCAUGGCUGUGGUCCACGAUAAGGUUUGGUGCGGAUACAAGAACAAGAUCCACGUCAUCCAGCCCAAGAGCAUGCAGAUCGAGAAGUCCUUCGACGCCCACCCUCGCAGGGAGAGUCAGGUGCGGCAGCUGGCCUGGAUCGGAGACGGUGUUUGGGUCUCGAUCCGCCUCGACUCCACGCUGCGUCUCUACCACGCACACACGCACCAACACCUGCAGGACGUGGACAUCGAGCCGUACGUCAGCAAGAUGCUGGGUACUGGCAAACUGGGCUUCUCUUUUGUCCGCAUCACGGCACUUCUGAUUGGUGGAAAUCGUCUCUGGGUAGGAACUGGAAACGGCGUGAUCAUCUCCAUCCCACUGACGGAGACGGUGGUCCUUCACCGGGGACAGCUCCUUGGUUUGAGGGCCAAUAAGGUGUCUCCUACGUCGUCCAGCGGGGUGAUCCAUGUGUACGGAGACGACGGCUCUGAGAAAAGCACCGGCAGCUUCAUCCCGUACUGCUCCAUGGCUCAAGCCCAGCUGUGUUUCCAUGGACACCGCGAUGCUGUGAAGUUCUUCGUCUCUGUGCCCGGUAAUGUCCUGGCCACGCUGAACGGCAGCGUGCUGGACAGCCCGUCGGAGGGUCAGGGGUCAACAGCGCCCGCAGAGACGGAGACUCAGAGCGUUCACAACGUGCUGGUGCUGAGCGGAGGAGAGGGAUACAUCGACUUCCGCAUAGGUGACGGCGAGGACGAUGAGACGGAGGAAGGAGACGCUGCUGUUGCCGUGGCUACUGGAGCCUCGCAGGUCAAACCGGCUCUGUGUAAAGCUGAGCGCAGCCACAUCAUCGUGUGGCAGGUGUCCUACAUCCCUGAGUGACACACCAACACACACACACCAACACACACACACACACACACACACACACACACACACACACACACACACACA